AAUGGAAGAGAGAGGUAGAGGACCGGAGGGAGAUAAGGGCAGAGGGAGAGAGCCGACCGUCAUAUCUCCGCCCGGCGGGCCGCGCGAUGGAGUGGGCCGGUCACGGCUUCAUGAGAGAGGCUCAGUGCUGAUCGCGCCGCGGUGCCGAUCGGAGGGCGCCAAGAGGCUCCCUCUCCAUCGCUCUGCCUUUCACUCACUCACUCCAACUCAGUCUGCGGGUGAAAGUGCAUCGGAGAGCCAAGCAGGGCGCUUGGUGUCAGCUGACUACGGCGGAUUCAGGCACCCACAUUUCUCCAUGGGUGACAAACAACUUACCAUCGUACACUUCAACGAUGUGUACAAUGUCGAGUCAUCGAAUCAGGAACCGGUUGGCGGUGCCGCCCGGUUUGUGACAGCUGUAGAAAAGUUCCGACAUCUGAACCCGAUGGUCGUCUUCAGUGGGGAUAUAUUUAGCCCCAGUCUCCUGAGCACGUUUGCUCGGGGCGACCAUAUGAUCCCUGUGCUAAACCGCCUGGAAGUGCAUGUUGCAGUGUAUGGAAAUCAUGACUUCGAUUUCGGUCUGGACUCGUGCAUGGCUCUGACGGCGGAGACGUCGUUUCCCUGGCUGCUCUCCAACGUUCGGAACAUGGAGACGCAGCGGCCCCUGGCUGAGGGACGCAUCACCUACGUCACGCGCUGGAACGGCAUCAAACUCGGCUUCAUGGGUCUGGUGGAAUACGAAUGGCUGGAGACCCUGUCUACCAUCAAUCCUGACGAAGUACAAUACAUAGACUAUGUGGAGAUGGGCAACAAGCUGGCUGCGAAACUACGGAGCGAGGGCUGUGAGCUGGUGAUCGCUCUAACUCAUAUGCGGACCUUCAACGACCUGCGGCUGCUGAGAGAGUCAGAAGGCAUCGACCUUAUACUGGGCGGCCACGAUCACGACUACGAAAUUCAUACGGCGCCCGACUCGAAGUGCGCUCUGAUCAAGUCGGGUACCGAUUUUCGGGAGUUCUCUGUACUGGAGCUGACUCACCUGCCGGGAGGCGGGUGGACCCACACCGUUCAGCGGAUAGAGGUCACCGCCCAGUACGAGGAAGACGCCAAACUCAAAGAGGAUCUGCAGCCCUUCAUCGACAUGUCGGAGACGAAGCUCGAGGAUGUUGUCGGCCAUUUUGAAGUCGACUUGGAGGGUCGCUUCAGCAAGGUUCGCUCAGAGGAAACGAACCUGGGCAAUUUCUGUGCGGACGUCAUUCUCGCUGCCAUGAAUGCCGACUGCGUCAUCCUCAACUCGGGCACCCUGCGGAGUGACCGGGUCCACCCAGCUGGUGACUUCACCAUGCGAGAUCUGGUCACCAUAGCCCCAUUCAUGGAUGGCCUCUGCCUGCUGCACGUCACAGGCGCCGUGCUGUGUGAGGCGGUGGAGAACUCUGUCUCCAUGUACCCCCGGCUGGCGGGCAGGUUCCCCCAGGUGUCCGGCAUGUCCUUUGUCUUUGACCCGGACAAGCCGCCCGGACAGCGGGUGGAUCCCAGGCUUGUGAAGGUGGGCGACAUGUUCAUCCAGCCGGAUCAGCUGUACAAGGUGGCCACCAAGGAGUACAUGCACCAGGGCAGGGACGGGUUCACCUGCUUCGUCGACGCCAAAGUGCUGCAAGACGAGGAGCAGAGUCCGCAGCUCCGGACAGCGAUAGUGAACCAUUUCGACUCGAUCAAUCGCCUGCGGGGAUAUUGCGGCCCUCAGGCAGCGCUGAGCGCCCACCGCCAGUCCAUAGUCUCCAUUUCACGGAGGAACAGCCGUCUGCGCAGUUCGAUGGAGGUCUCUGGGGUUCGUCGGCCCGAGUCAACCCUCUCCCGACGCAACAGCGUCCAGUUCAGCUCCCUGCCGCCCGAGACACCGAUGCAGCGGAGGAGUUCGAUCCACUCUGCCAGCGUGCUGAGCACCCACGCCAUCAUGGAGCGACUGUACAGCGUUAGCGAUGACGAUCAGGAGGACCCAGCCGAGCGGCGCCGCAGUGUGAUCACGACCAUAAGCGGCUCGCGAUCACCAACUCUGCGCAAAACCGAACAGGAUGUGGAGGAGCUGGAGUGUCAGGCGGCCAGACUGGCUCCCAAGGUCGAGGGAAGGAUCAUCCGGGCGUCGGAGGAGGUGCUGGAGAGGCUGAAGGCGGAGAGGAACCUGGCGGAUAUGAUAAUCCAACGGGAUACCGACAGCGAUUGAGGACGGCAUGACAGUGACAGCAGAUCGCUGUCACCCUCUGCAUGACAGCCAAGUGGCGGGCUGCCACAUGACAACGAGCGUCUUGGGGUCCAUGUUCGGGUCCUCGGGUCCUGCGACUGGUAGUGAACAACGUUACGUGAGCCGUUUGGUUUUACAUUGAAACUAUUGCAUGACAAUGCCACAACUGCCAAUAAGUGAACGGCAUGUAACUAUCAGAAAACUAGGCGAUUGAGAUGAGUGUUCGGUUGGGGUCAUUUUGGCAUGUACUCGCGUGGUGAAACCAUAUCCGAGGUAUCGUCAAUACCGCCUCGUACUCCACUCUUGCAUGGUGAUGAGAAGAUCGUUCAUGAAGUUAAAUGGUGAGAGAAUCGUUAAUCGUCGCCUUGCCGUGGUCAGCAAUGCUACCGUUGUAAUGUACUGAUCCGUAGUUAUGCUACUGUAUACAUCAUGCUGCUCAAAAAAUAUAUCCGCGUCCGUAUGCAA